CAUAAGCAGAUAUUUAACAACUCCAUGAAAAUUAUUAUAGUAUAAAAACAGUUGUUGUUGUAGUGGUGCCUAAGUAAGACCAAAUUUGGCCCAGUUUUGGACACAUGGGACUACCUUCCGAUUGAACUGCUAUCCCUGGGUUGAUGACAGUGAAAAGAUUCCAGAAACUGUGGCUUUGAAAUGAAAUACGAACAAAUGACUUGUGAGUAGAUAUCAGAUUAAAAUGGUCCCAGAGAAAUAUACUUCAAGAACCCCACAAGUUAUCACAGGCUUCCUCCCUCUGCCUUUUCAACCUUGCUUCCAUUACUGGUAGACAGAAUGGACUAUGCAAGGUUGAUGAAGUGGAGUCGGGGCAUGUACGAGGGUGAUCCCUCAGUGGCCAUGAUGGCGGGUAGGCACAUACCCCAGCCCACGCCACCACAACCCAUCAGACCUCAGCUACAGGUCCCGGGCCCUUACAUGGAGUAUGGCAGGUCCCCCGCUCGGUCUCAGGACGAUGAACAGGUUAAUUACUUUUGCCAACGACCUAAUCACGACAACGACUUUGCCUAUCAGAAGGGGCAGAGAUGGGCUCUCGGGGAUGAUUCUGUCAUCGAUGGCAAAAUUUCUCCACUUGUAACCUUAGUUCCUUAA